AUGUUUUGCAAAAAAGUUUUGCGUGAUAGGAGAUUACGGGGUAUUCUUGAUACGGUGAAACACAAGAAGAUUUCUCCAGUUCAAUCGAGAAGCCUCUCUUUAGCAAGAAAACUUAGUACUCAGACCAGAUCCAAAAAUAUUCUUAAAAGUUCUUCUCUUCUGGCCGGUGGAUCUGUACUUGCUGCACUGUUAAGUUUAUCUGCUCUGGAUUUUUCUGAUGGUGACAUUCCGGUUAAAGAGGUCAUGUUACACAAUAAUGUCAAUGACUGCUGGAUUGUUCUGAAUGGAGAGAUUUACGAUGUGACAUCUUUCAUUGGGAAGCAUCCUGGUGGUGCAGCUAGAUUGUUGGAAGUUGCUGGUAGAGAUGCUACCGCGAAAUUUCUGCAAGUGCAUUCACAGGAAGUUUUGGACAGAAUGAAGAAUCAUCUAAUUUACAUUGGUAAAUUAAAGGGUAGAUUUGAGCUCGUCGUUUCUGAAGAAGAAUUGAGAAUCGAAGAAAUGAAGGCUAAGAUCCCACCAAUAGAAAGAAUCUUUAAUCUUUCAGAUUUUGAAGCAAUUGCCAAACAAGUUCUCCCUAAAAGCACCUUCACCUUUUAUGCUACUGGUUCCUCUGAUGAAUUUACUUUGAGAGAAAAUCACUACGCCUAUAGCAGAAUUUUCUUUAAGCCAAGGAUUUUGCAGGACAUUGAUCCGAGUGAAGUCGAUUGCAGUACCACCUUAUUAGGUGCAAAAGUGGAUGCUCCUUUCUACAUCAGUGGAUUUGCAGGUUCAAAAUUAGCUCAUCCACUGGGUGAAAGAAACUUACAAAUUGCUGCUUACAACGCCAACGUGAUGGAAAUGGUUCCAAAACAAAACUCUUAUGGCCCAGAGGAAUUUUACUCAACAGUUCCCGAUGAUCAAAGCCAAUGGAUGCAAUAUCAUUUCUCAACUCCUGAAGAGGUUUUAAACUUUGACAAAGUUGUCAGAGAAGCCGAAAGCCGUCCUAGCGUGAAAGGCAUUUUCUUUAACGUUGAUCUUGCUGACAUCGGUAACAGAGAAAAGGAUUCAAGACGAAGAGUUAUGGACGCGGAUAAUAUAUCUGACUUGAAUGCUAUCGUUAAUAAUAGAAUGGGCAAUCACCCUAAAUUUAGCUGGAAAGACGUGGAAAAAAUCGUUUCUAGCACAAACUUACCAAUAGCUCUCAAAGGUGUUCAAAGAGGCGAAGAUGUCGUUAUGGCAGCUAAAAAAGGUGUUAAAGCCGUAGUUUUAUCAAAUCAUGGUGGUAGACAACUCGAUUUCUCCAGACCACCAUUAGAAGUGUUAGCAGAAGCUAAUGAAAUGUUGAAAAAGCAAAAUAUGCAAGGCGAUAUUGAAAUUUAUCUGGAUGGUGGUGUCCGUAGGGGUUCCGAUAUUGUUAAGGCCCUAUGUUUAGGAGCAAAAGGUGUUGGAUUAGGGAGACCAUUUCUUUAUGCCAUGGCAGGCUACGGUGAAGAAGGUGUUGAUCAUCUAAUAACCAUUUUAAAGGAAGAGAUUAAAAACAAUAUGAGACUCUUGGGUGUGACGAAGAUAGAAGAGUUAAACGAAAGUUUUGUCGACUACAAUAGUUUGAAGUUCCGCGUACCAAAGGCUAAUGACUCGUUAUAUGACAAUGCAUAUAUGCCAUUAACUUUUCCUGAAUUUAAAUAG